AGUGCGAGCAGGAGGGAGAGAAGAGAGGCACAGGUACAACAGCAGCAACUGCAGCAGCACUUCAGCCACAGCAUCACAGAAAAAAAAACACACACACACACACAGACUGCUACACUCAGCUGAAACAAGAUGGAAAAGGAUAGAGUAAACCUCUCACCACAAAGAAGUCCUCCCCUCAGAGAUGAGCUAAGACAAUCAUCUCAUCGCAGUUUCUACCUAAGCCCAUCUUCACUCUUUCUUCAGCCCCCAAAGUUUUCUCCUUCCAGAUAUCCCAGCAUAUCACCCACCAGAGAUGUCUACGGCGCUUUUAGCCCACCUGCUUUCUUUCCUAUGCUUGGCUCCAGUUACACCCUCAGAGAGGGAUCCCAAAAACGGAAAAGGACUCCCUCAAAAAUGGAUGCUCAUGAGGGAGGUGAAUCCCCUGAGAAGGACACUGAAGAGGCAGAAGAAAGCAGCAGUAAGAAGACAGUGAACCUCUCACACAUUCCCUUCUCUCUCCUACCUCGCCCUUUUCCCUCCCCAUCUCCCAAACCCAUCCCUGGCAUGAUCGAGCUCAACAGCCUGCAGCUUCAGCACAGAUCACCAGAUGUGAAUUUACCUGUGCAGGUGAAACAGGAGCCGCUCAGUCCUUCCCCCAUCUGGCCUCCUUCUCCUCUCCUUCUUCACCCUCCCUACUUCCCACCUCUCCACCACAGCCUUCUCCCAUACCCCUUCUUUGUGCCUGGGCCUAUCAUGCACCACCCCCCUGGUGCCUUCUACCCCAGAGAGGACCUCCGCUCUGGUCAUGGUACCCGUGAUGGAGCUCCUCGAAGUAGUAUGAGCAGCGCUGAGAAGCUUGGUCUCAAUGUUCAUGUAGAUGACAGCUACUAUGUGGACGUUGGUGGGGAUCAGAAGAGAUGGCAGUGUCGAAUGUGUGAGAAGUCCUACACAUCCAAGUAUAACCUGGUCACACACAUCCUGGGUCACAAUGGCAUCAAGCCACAUGGAUGUCACCUGUGCGGGAAGCUGUUUAAGCAGCUGAGCCACCUGCACACACACCUGCUCACACACCAGGGCAUGAGGCCCCACAAGUGCCAGGUGUGUCACAAGGCUUUUACCCAGACCAGCCACCUGAAGAGACAUAUGAUGCAGCACAGUGACGUGAAGCCAUACAGCUGCAGCGUGUGCGGUCGAGGUUUUGCUUAUCCCAGUGAGCUACGAGCCCACGAGCUGAAGCAUGAAAAAGGUCAAGAGAAUGUAUGUGUAGAGUGUGGGCUAGAUUUCCCCACACUGGCCCAGCUGAAAAGGCACCUGACCGUCCACCGGGGUCCCACCUUGUACAGGUGCACAGAGUGCCAGAAGACUUUCCAGUAUCCCAGUCAGCUUCAGAACCACAUGAUGAAACACAAAGACAUCAGACCAUACAUCUGCAGUGAGUGUGGGAUGGAGUUCAUCCAGUCACACCACCUGAAACAGCACACGCUCACUCAUAAAGGGGUGAAGGAGCAUAAGUGUCGCAUCUGUGGUCGUGAGUUCACCCUGCUGGCAAACAUGAAGCGUCACGUCCUCAUCCACACCAACAUUCGGGCCUACCAGUGCCACAUGUGCUUCAAGAGUUUCGUCCAGAAGCAGACUCUCAAGGCUCACAUGAUCGUCCAUUCGGACAUCAAGCCCUAUAAAUGCAAGCUUUGUGGGAAAGAAUUCAACAGGAUGCACAACCUAAUGGGUCACAUGCAUCUCCACUCAGACAGCAAACCCUUCAAAUGCCUGUACUGCCAGAGCAAGUUCACACUGAAGGGGAACCUCACCAGACACAUGAAGGUCAAACAUGGCAUCAUGGACAGAGGCCUGGAUGAAAGAUUGUUUAGGCAAAGAGGGCGUUUCUGUCUGACCAGUCCCAUGGAUCUCCUCACCCACUUCAGCCAAGAGGAGCCGUUUGACCUUUCCCAGAAGCCCCCGGGUCUGCCCAGCCUACGUCUCUCCCAGUCUGAUGGUGAGAGCGUCCCCGGAAGCUCCUGUCAGGAGGAGGAUGAGGAAAGUUUGUACAGAAGGAGCCAGUACAGCCCUGAAGUAGACCAGCAUGAGCCAGCAGGUGAUCAGUACAUCUCUGAGCUGGAAGAGCGAGGGCAGGGAUCUCCUGAUGAACCGAGGCAAGGCGAGAGACAGAAACAACAGAAGUACCAGCAAAGUUUAGAGGAUGAGAUGUUCAAGAGGGAGUCAGUAGCUGAAGGUCAAUCUAAAGAGCCCAGAGGUAACAAAGUGCAGCUUUUGCAGUCUGAGACAUCCUGUGAGUCAGAUGCAGAAGUAGGUGAGCAGGUGUGCUGCCAAAAAAGAGUCCACAGACGGUCGUAUGAAUAUGACUCAGAAGAAGAUCAUCAGCAAGAGCCAGAUGAACCAGAGCAAAACAAAGAAAAGUUGGAUGGCUUUUAUGAGGCCAUCGAUGCAGCAGAGACAAACUAGAAAGAGUGGGUUGCUCGCACAGAAUUAACAGGUCACAAGGUGAAGAAGGCAGACAAGAAGAAAAAUGAGUCAAAAACUCAGAAGAAGAUGAAACUUGUAGCAGUUGUUUAAUGUUUAAAAUGCAGAAGUUGUUUAGGGGAUC